UCGACCGUAGACUUCCAAUCAGAUCUUCGGAUUCGACCGUAGACUACCAAUCACAUGUCGAGCUGCAACAACAUGAAUAUUAAGUAGGAAGAAAUCGGAAUUUAGCGUUCCGAAUCUACCGCUACCUGCCGCGCUGAACUACAGUGUUCCUGGUGAGACUGAAUUCAUAUAUUCUUCACAGUAUUUAUAACCAUCACUGUUUACAUAAUUGUCCCAACUGUCUUUUGGUCGUGGACCGAGUCGUUAGCUAGCUCGCUAUCCUUCAACAUAACAAGCUGCCGUGACUUUGCCCUACUACUAGUUCACGGUGAGCGUCUCGACAACAUACCUCAUAAAGUAUAGAUUUUAUUUGCUAUACUCACUACUGUCAAUAUCCACAUUGUUUUAACCCGUUAACUCUGAGCACACUGUUCGCGUGCUUGAGCGCGCGCCGGGUCCGGUUACGUUGUCUCGGGUCUCUAAAGAGAAUCAAUCUCUCCAGUCAUUAUUAACAACGCAAAAUUCAAUUUUGCAUCCAUAAAUAACCCGUCACUCACUAAUCAGCUGAUCAUCAACUAUUAUCCAGUGUUUUAGAAGUUAGGCAGACAGUAUUUUGGAAGGUUUACAUUGUUCCCUGCCUUCAGAAACACCUGCAUGAAGUAGGAGUGUUUAUAAUAACCAAGACAAGAGAAUUUAAGAGCUACAACUACUUCUGUCAGCGUGUUUUUUUGUCUCCAGUGUUAUCUGGAAGGCUGCACUUCUUCCCAGGCUGUGGAUAUGACGUGAGAUUACAGAAUAUGGAAUAAAAGUAGUUCCAUAUUUCUGAUAUCUUACUGGUAAGAUUGCAUGCACACUUGAAUGUUUUUGCCAUGAAUGUACCAUAAAACAAGCUGAAAAGUCCAUAACAUUUCAGUGGAAUCAGUCUUUCUCGUCGGCCCAGGAGUUAUUAUGAUGAUAUAUGAGUUAUAACAUUAGAAUAACUCUCUCCCAGAGAUCUCUAUUCUGAGGAGCUGUAAUCAGGGCAAUAUUGUGGCCUAUUGUACUCUGACGUUCAUUGUUGUAUUAGUAAUUAAUGAUUAUAACAUAACAAUACCUCGUCUAACAAUAAUAACACUAUAUUGUUGUCGUGGUGUUUCUCUACAAGUGUAUUUGAGUUACUUUAGAAAAUGGCGAACCCCAUCAUACGCAUCGUCAACCCAGAUGCUCCUGGACAUCGUCAGCAGGCCGUCAUCAUCGCCACCAAAGAGGCCUGGGACUACAGGGAGAAAAGAAAGGUCUUCCCCAACCCCCCACAGGAGCUGCUCCACCCGACCUCGGCCCUGGCCCACGCCGAGAAGCUUCUUCGAGCAGAAGGCGUCCCCGCUCCAUCGCGUCAGCUGUGUCUGGGAGAGCUGGUGGUUCCAUUCGGCCAGUAUGGAAAUGCACCGUUCCACUGGCUCGUGGCCAACGAUGUGGGCUACAUGAAGUACAUGCUGGACAAGCACAGACUGGAGACAACAAACCCACAGACAAAGGGAAAGGUGGGGAACCAGUGGGUGAAGGACUUCCUCACCGAGGAUGCAGAGAGCUUCCCACAAGUCUCCAGUCUGCUUGAGGCCCACAUCGACAGGUGUAUCUACGGCCAGAGAGGGUUUGAGCAUCACACCUUUCAGGAGAUGUGGGAGCUCUACAGCCAGUACCUCGCCCAGGAGGACCGGCCAGAGCAGGUCAGUGCUGAGCAGAGGGAGCUCACUCAGAAGGCCCACAGUUCUGUGAGGAGGUGGCUGCACACACCAGUGACCCACAUCACCAGCGUGCAGAUGAAGAGGUUCAGGAGGUUCAUCAAGGAGAAGGACCAAGUUAGCACCAGGUGUGAUGUGUCAUCAUGGCCAAAUGAUGAGGCUGAACUGGUUGCUGCAAGCCAGGCUGUGGAAGACUUGCUCAACUCUGAAGAGGCUGCACGUCUGGGAAAGACUAGCAGCCAUUCCCAGGGUUCCUGUCCUACAGAAGGGACCAAGCAGCCGAAACAGCCUGAUCCCACUGUCCAGCAGAAACAGCCUGAGCCCGCCAUACUGGGCGAGGUCUACGCAGUACAAGCGGAAGGGUGCGGAACAGCCCUCAGCAGUGGACUUAAAGGUGUCGCGGGUACAGAGUCUCCCAGUCUGUUCAUGCUGUGGACAAGCGACCCAGGGACAUAAAAAGUAUUUAAAAAAAGACUUUCUGCCCUGUCAAGUUGAUGUCCACAUCCAAAGGUCUGAACAGAACUGUGUACAACAGCUAUGAACACUUCACAUCUGUUGUGGAUAAACUGGAGCAAUAACUGCAAAUUAGAUUCUCAUACACACACUCACACACUUGUAAAUAUUUGAGUCAUGUACAUACUUGUGAAUAUUGUAAACAUGUUACAUUGUCAUGCAGACCACAAGUCCUUCCUUCCCGCUGCUGUCAGGCUGCACAGCAAACUGCAGUAGAUCGCUGGAGGUCUUGGCACUCGGCACUUUGUUUUCCUGGACACUUUAACCGGCUUGAAAUUCACUUUAGUCACUGCCUUGUGUAUCUAUUUAGUUUCCUCUGUAUAUUUAGUAUUUUAGUAUUAGUAUUUAGUAUUUUGUUUCUAUAUUGUCAUGCUUUUUUUGUGCAUAUUGUAAAUCAUUUACAUUGUCAUGCAAUCUAAAUUAAAAGUGUUUUUUCAGACUGUU